AUGACGAACACUGGAAGCAUGAACGGUGUCGGCCUCGUCACAGGCGCAGCCUCUGGUAUCGGCAAGGCGACCGUACAGGCGCUGCUUGAAGCCGGCGUGCGCCGGGUUCUCAUGGCGGACGUGAAUGACGAAGCGCUGCUCAAAACCCGUGCCGACUUGCACCAGACGUACCCCGAUGCCGAGUUCGAGCUCUUCACCGUCGACGUGACCAACGAGGACAUGGUUAAGGCCAUGGUCACUCGUGCCGUGGAAAAGUUUGGGCGUAUCGACUACUGCCUCAACUCGGCGGGUGUUGGGAGUGCGGGUGGCAAGAUUGGUGACACGACGCUCGAGGCGUACAACUACACAGUCAACAUCAACCAGACCGGAACAUUCCUCUGUCUCAAGUACGAGCUCGCCCAGAUGGACAAGCAGGAGCCUCUCCACCCUGGUCGGCGUGGACAGCGGGGUGCGAUUGUCAACAUUGCCUCCAUUCUCGGAUUCAAGGGGCUCGCAACCGCCGUGCCAUACUGUACAUCCAAGCACGCCGUGAUUGGCAUGACAAAGGUCGCGGCCAUCGACUAUACAGGCAGGCAGAUCCGCGUGAAUGCCAUUGCGCCGGGAUGGAUCGAGACGGCCAUGACUGCGCCGCCGGGGAUCCACGCUCUCGUCGAGAUGGAGACGCGUCCCGAGAGCUGCCCUCUUGCGCGUCCGGGCCAGCCGGACGAGAUCGCCGACGUCAUCGUCUUCAUGAUGUCCGAGAAGGCGUCGUAUGUGAACGGCACGACUUGGCAGGCCGAGGGCGGGCUCCUGGCGUGA